AUGAGUUUUUAUGAACUUUUGCGUAAAUCUCGUCUAGCAUCUUUUGAUCCUUCCUUACCACAAGUAUAUAUUACUUACGGGAAAUUUAAAAAUCGUGGUGAAUGGGGAAUAAAACGCAACAUACCAGGCUUCAUUCGCACCGAUGCCAUCACCAUUGACGCACUUGAUACUAUAGAACAUCAAACUCCAUAUAAAAGUGCUCAGACUAUGAUGAAAUUCACAAGACGUUGGAAGGAGAAUUUUCCUUACGCGAAAGUCUCAAAACCAAUGGAAGGUAAAUUAAAACCAAUUAACAUCAGCAGGAUGUCCGAUAAAGAGUUUAAGAAAUUUUUGAAAAAAAAGGUGGAACCGAGGAAAUGGGAAUACCGAGAAGCUAAAAAGAGCGAAGCCCCGAUGACACCACGUGAAUUACUAAAUAUCACUUACGAGAGGGAACAAUCAACCGUUCACGGAUUGACUUACUCGCACAAUAACCCCGGAGUUAAUGUUAAGGUUCAAGGUCGUAUCCUAAACCGAGACAUCCCCUCGGGAUAUGCCGUCGGUGUUAGUGGCAUGGUUGCAAACGUUUUGUCUCAUAAAACAAUAUUAUUAAAUCAAAUUGAAAGAGAAAAAUUAGAAAGCUUUUAUGUGGAAAAGGCGAAAUUUGAUGAUCAGGGAAAACCGGUGGUUAAACUUUCGAAAUCUCCUCCAUUGUAUCUCAAUGAAGUCAUGGAACCUCUAAAGAAUUCCUUGGAUUCCGGCGUGUCUGGUGCGAGUGAUCGAGACGAACAAGAAAUUCUUGAGAGGAUCAAGACCAUACUUCAAAGUAGCCCAUCUGAGGAUGCUGGGCAAAUCCCGACGCCAAGGUUCCAGGAAACUUAUGGUGAAUUGUUCUCGGGUGGAAAUUCAAAAGAAAAUCUGACGGACAUUAUCCGCAGGGGUACCGAAGUGAAGAAACCGGAAGUUGAGAAUACAAUUUCUUCGAAUAAUUUGAAAAAAAAAGAAUAA